AUCGUAAUCCAUAGCCCGUGCAAUCGAUGCUUAGCAGCGCGAUUACCUUCCUCGUUUUACGGUAGUGCCGCGCAGGCGGACGGCGCAGGCGGGCCGGGCACCGCCUGGGGGAGGAUCCCGCCCUGGGGGGAGGACGGCGCCGCGGGGCCGCUGGGAGCUGUAGUCGCGGGCAGGGCUCGGGGCCGGCACUGCGGCGGCGCCGGACCGCAAUCCCGCAGUGCGACGGGCCUCCCGCGAGGGGAAGAGGAAAGAGACCGCUCCGGCGGGAGGAGCUCGGCUACGAUGCCCGUCCUGCGCGGCCCCGCGCCCUGACGGCGAGAUCCAGUAACAGCUUUUUCCUGGUUCUAAAAGCUGCUAAGGUUUCUCUUGAUUUGAACACAUCACUGGAGACGUCUGUUGUGGGCAGGCAUGGGCUGUAGGGAUGUUCAUGCAGCAACAGUGCUGGCCUUCCUCAGUGGGACAGCGUCAGUGGCCGGACUCCUUGCAGCAGUUCUGCUUCCAAACUGGAGGCAAAUGAGGCUGUACACGUACAACAAGAACGAGAGGAAUGUGACCAUUUACACUGGACUCUGGAUUAAGUGUGCUCGAUUUGAUGGGAGCAGAGACUGUGUGAUAUAUGACCCGCAGUGGUACACGGCGGUUGAUCAGUUGGAUUUGCGCGUUCUUCAGUUUGCUCUUCCACUGAGUAUGUUUACUGCUGUCUCAGCUCUGUUUCUCUGCAUGAUUGGCAUGUGUAACACAGCCUUUGUAUCAAACGUGCCAAACGUCAAAUUGGCAAAAUGCCUUGUGAACAGUGCGGGCUGCCACCUCGUGGCUGGCCUCUUGUUCCUCCUCGCAUGUGCAAUUUGUCUCACUCCGUCAAUCUGGGUCAUUUUUUACAACAAUUAUCUGAACAGAAAAUACGAGCCUGUCUUUAGCUUUGACAUCUCUGUAUUUAUUGCCAUUGCCAGUGCUGGUGGUCUGUUUUUCACUUCUGUUCUUUUAUUUCUGUGGUAUUGUGCAUGUAAGAGCCUGCCUUCUCCCUUCUGGCAGCCCCUCUAUUCACAUGCCCCCAGCAUGCACAGCUAUGCCUCUCAGCCAUAUUCUGCACGCUCUCGCCUCUCUGCCAUGGAAAUUGACAUUCCUGUUGUGACACACACAUCUUAAAGGGACAAAGUCUUGGAAGUCGAAUUUUUGAGCUCAGUCAAACCGUGCAAAUUGCAGGCUUGAUUCUCUCUACUGCCUUGCACUGGGUAUAAUCAUUUGUAAGGUCAUUUUCCCCAAGAUGCAGUGCAAUGGAGACUUGAGAUCAGUAUCUCUGCUGUUCUCAUGUGUUCUUCCCUGAACAGCCUUGGUAGUUUUUGUUUGUUUGUUUGUUUCUUUGCUUUUUCCUCUUGAGCUGACUACAGACAAAAAUUGCUGCUAAUGCUGGGAUAGGACACUACAGUAUUGUUUGUGCAGACUGUCUUGCAUAUCUGUUCAUCCUUCUGCUUAUUGAGAUCAAAGCAGGUUUGAACCUCUUUGCUACUUUGAUGAACUAUUUUUAAAUUCUGAUCCCAUUAGAGGAGCUGUGUACAUGGACCCUUGUAGCCAUGUAUUAUCCAGGUGCAGAGAGUGGGAAUAGAUAGAGGAUUUUCAUUAAGUUUCUUGUUAGAGAUGAGAAAAUAACCUAGUGUAGUCAGAAGUGUGUUAUUAGUGGGAGCAGGAAGGUGAUUAAGAAAUGGAUUGCAGAGCUUUCAUCUGGACACGUGUAUUUUAAGAUUGGAUGACUAAAAUGGGGAUUUGUCAGACUAAUUCAGUUCUGUAGCACUGCUCUUUGUUUUGCAUUGCACACACAAAAAGCCUCCUGCUUAUGAACUUCUGUGAUAGAAAAUAGUGUCAAAUUACCUUUUAUUUUCAAAGUAGCUU